GAUUGGCUGGGCUGUUCUCGCGAGAGCCCCGGCCCUGGGUCUUCCCCCGGGAGACCCCGCGGAGCCGCCUCUUCCGGUCCGGCCGCGCGACGACGAGGAGCCGCCGCCGAGAUGCCCGGGGUAACGGUGAAGGACGUGAAUCAGCAGGAGUUUGUGCGGGCCUUGGCCGCCUUCCUCAAGAAGUCGGGGAAGCUGAAGGUGCCCGAGUGGGCCGACACGGUCAAGUUGGCCAAGCACAAGGAGCUCGCGCCCUAUGACGAGAACUGGUUCUACACGCGCGCCGCGUCGACGGCGCGGCACCUCUACCUGCGGGGGGGCGCGGGGGUGGGCUCCAUGGCCAAGGUCUACGGGGGGCGGCAGCGCCGCGGCGUCCGGCCCAGCCACUUCAGCCGCGGGUCCGGCGCCGUCGCCCGCCGGGUGCUGCAGGCGCUCGAGGGCCUCAAGGUGGUCGAGAAGGACCAGGACGGCGGGCGCAAGCUCACCCCCCAGGGACAGCGGGACCUGGACCGCAUCGCCGGGCAGGUGGCCGCCGCCAGCAGGAAGCACUGAGACCCAAUAAAGGAGGAGGAGGAGGA